AAAAGUCACAAGAGCAAGACUUGGGGACAGCUGGGAAGCACUGACUUGGAGAAUCUCUUGGGUGAGAAAAAGUGCUGGGAAAAAUCUCUAAUCCUCACCUGGGAAGCCUCCGCUCUGUCAAGACUUCACAACAGAGACUCUGCUGUGGUCUGAAUAAGAGCCUGAGCAGCUGGAAAUAUGUUUCCCCUUCCGCGCUUGUACCUCAAAAGCGAGCGGUAUGAACCAAUUCAAGCCAUUGUGAAAGAGAUUCAUGGAGAAGAGGCUCCAGAGUUAGACUUGGGAAAGAAGGUUAGCACUCCUCAAGACUUAAUGAUGGAGGAGUUGUCCCUGUCCGUAAACAGGGGGUCGAGGCUGUAUCAACAAAGACAGAAGAGAGUGCAGCGUUUUGUGCUGGAGAAUCCUACAGGCUACAGAGCUGCCUCCUGCAUGGCAAGUGGAGGCUCACACCCAGAAUACAAUGGAGUGGAAACAACCAAAGGAUGGAGGUUGCCUUUAUAA